AUGGAGAGGUUGAGCGAGCAGGGGAUUCGCCUGAGUUCCAUGAGCCCUUCCUUUCUGAACAGCAACUCCACCAGUCACACCUGGACGUUCAGCGCCGUGGCGGAGCUCAUAGACAACGCAGCAGAUCCCGGCGUGUCUGCCAAACAGAUCUGGAUCGAUGUAGUCAACGAAGCAGACCAGCUUUGUCUGACUUUUACUGAUAAUGGCAGUGGCAUGACCCCCAGAAAACUGCACAAGAUGCUCAGCUUUGGCUUUACAGAAAAGGGCACGGGGAAAGCCAGUCAUCAGGCCAUCGGCUUGUACGGAAAUGGCUUCAAGUCUGGCUCCAUGCGCCUCGGCCGUGACGCGCUCAUCUUUACUAAAAAUGGCGGCUGUCAGACGGUGGGAAUGCUGUCCCAGACCUAUCUGCAAAACAUCAAGGCCCAGGCUGUCAUUGUUCCCAUAGUGCCCUUCAACCAGCAAACCAAGUCGUUGGUUGUGACGGAGGAUUCUGGAGCCAGCCUGGCAGCCAUCCUCCAACACUCCAUCAUCAACUCCCAGGAGCAACUAUUUGCUCAUUUUGACUCCAUUCCUGCCAAAAAAGGCACCAAGAUACUGAUAUGGAACAUCCGCAGAGCCAAAGACGGCAAAGCAGAGAUCGACUUUGACACGGAUACAACUGAUUUUCGUUUGCCUGAGAUUCAGACAGAAGAACUGAAGCAGGGUCUAAAGAACAGUGGAUCACUGAAACCUGAGCACAAUGUCCCAGACAUGUAUUACAGUCUCAGGGCAUACAUCAGUAUUUUGUACCUGAAACCAAGGACGCAGGUCAUACUGAGAGGGAAGAAAAUUCUGCCCAAGCUGGUGUCAAAAAGUCUGACUCACAUUGAACAUGACGUGUACAAACCCCAGUUCAGUAAAGAGAAGGUGAAGGUGACUUUUGGCUUUAACCCUAAAAGGAAAGAGCACUUUGGAAUCAUGAUGUACCACAAGAACCGACUUAUUAAGGCCUAUGAGAAAGUGGGCUGCCAGCUCAAGGCCUCAGGGCAAAGAAUAGGAAUUGGUGUCGUAGGCAUCAUUGAAUGCAACUUUCUCAAACCUGCUCACAACAAGCAAGACUUUGAGUACACUAAAGAAUACAGACUCACCCUGGGCGCUUUGGGCCUAAAGCUCAACGAUUACUGGAAAGAGGUGAUGGAGAAGAGAGCCAGAGAGCGAGAGUUUCAGUCUCUAGAAAAAGAUGACAAUGAAACUCAGGAAUGCACCAACACGGAUUUGUUGUGGUUGCAGUGUGAGGAAUGUCUGAAAUGGCGAAGCAUCCCCGCAAACCAUUACAAAGUUGCUCCCGACAGCUGGGAUUGCAGCCAGAAUCCUAAUUCACGAUACAGAAGCUGCUCAUCACCAGAGGAACCAGAGGAGGGUGAGAAACUGUUGACACCCAGCUACCAGAAAAACUACAAGAAACUCGAGCUGUCCAAGCGGAGAAAACAGGAACAUUUACUAGAGUGCAAGGAGCAGACGGCUACACAUCAAAUCUUGCCAGAGAGUUCAUCCGAUCCUUUGCGGCCUUUGUGUCCGUCCACACACAGACCUGAACUUACGACCUCAAUCAGUCAAAGCAACUUGCAGGAAAAGAGACUCGAACAUGAGGACACAGACACACAUGUCCUGUCAGAUCCCCACAAAGACACACACGCAAACGAUGACGACGGUGCACAGUUGGACGCACACUCAAAAGAGAAAACUUCUGGAAAGGAUGAAGUCGUCACGGAAUCCGAUGAAUUCGAGCAAGAAGGAGCAGACGUGGAAAACGACCGGAGGUCUGAAAGCACAAGGAGAGACACAUCAAAGGAAGUGGAGGAGAAGGAGGAGGAGCAGCGCGCAGACAUGUUAAGCCACAAGAGGAAGCCUGAAUCUUUAUUUAACCACGCAACAAAGAAGCGCUGGAGAGGGUACCAGCCUGACUCAGAGAACAGCCCCGAGGAUUUGCAUCAUGGGAAACAAACAAACAGGUUCAAGAUGAGCAGCAGCCAGGCGGAGACUGUGCAGCAAAUCUCAACCAGCCACACCUGGACCUACUCGCCCCUCGCCACCCAGACUGGGGUCGUGUCCCCGCUGAGCAGAACGGAGGGGCUGCAGAGCAGGACGCAGCCCUCAGAGGGAGGUGACCGGGAGGCUAAAGUGCAGAAGCUGGCUUCUCUGGAGCGGGAGGCUCAGAGGCUGCGGAGCCUUCUAGGUUUGGAGGUCCCAAAAACGACUCAAGGAACGAUGACAGAGGAUUUAACCGAGACGCCAAAACAGAAGCUGUUAAUAAAGACUGCGUCCACAACGAGCAGGGAGGUCAGCUGCCAAACGGUCACGGCUGAGCAGUGCUCCACUUCAGCCACAAAACCAGAUGCAGGGCAGGAAAACAAAUCAAAGAAAGAAAGAACUGAAAGUCAGAGCAAAAUGAGAAAGAGUGACGGUGACACUCGUGAUGAAAGCAGAUUAGCGCAGCAGAAUCUGCACGGCAUCCGUAACAAUGUGGUGGUACUUUUGACUGCCCUGCUGCCCCAACUGGACCUGGCUGGCAUCAGUGUUGAGACGGAAGAUGUCGACAACAUCCUGCAGCAGAUCAUAGAGGUCAACUCACUGAAGCUAUGA